AUGCUGAAAACAUACGUGGAUGCAUGUAACCUUAACGGGCCGAAGCGACUGUUUGCGAUUAUGCCAGAGCAAAGCUCAAUCACCUGGAGCGUAGCAUUUGCAUGGUUUGGGCAUGUACAAGAUGGCGAGAGUUUUUUUCAGAUCAUGCGAGAAACCACACUCGACGAUCCCAGUUGCGCCGAUCACUCCAAGAUCGACAAAGCUCGAGCAGUGUUUGAUGCUUUGGCGUGCCUGGACAUGGUCUCCUGGAACACUUGCUACGCACCCGACGUCCACCACUGCAAAGAUUUCUUUGAGAAAAUGCCCGGCCCCAACCUGGUGUCUUACAACACUCUCUUGUCCUCACUGGUCAGCUGCAGAUUAUCCGGGGAAGCAGUGAAAAUCUUCGUCGAAAUGCCAGAGAUAAACACCGUGACGUCCACUGUGAUGAUGCAAGCUUAUGCGCGGGAAGGCCAGCUUGCCAGUGCCAGGGACAUCUACGAGACAAUGCCGGAUCGCAGCUCAGUGGCUCUCAUCACAGCCCAAUCCUUGAGAACAGCCUUUGAGCGAUUUGAAAAGAAGCAGGAGGCCUGGAGCUCGAUCAUCGCGGCCUAUGUCCAGAACGGACGCGUGAGCGAGGCACUGGAUCUCUUUAGAGAGAUGCAUCUUUCUGGCUUUCAAGCCAGACGAGACCAUCUUCACAACAAUCCUAGCAGCGGCGGCGAGCCAGCUCGAGCAGUGUUGCCGAGAUUUUUGUCCAUGAUCGCAGACUUUGGGAUCUCUCCCAGGGCGAGUCAGCUGGAGCAAUCCAAGCAAUCCGGGCUUGUGGAUGAUUCUUCUGGGUUGAGAACCGACAAUCCUAGUCAUCCCGGGGAUGCGGGUGUUGUGCCAUGUAAGCUGAAAACCUAUCCCACCAGCCAAGGCGCAGUAGAGGAACAGCGGUAUAAAAGAAAUGGAGUUGCAAGAAGGGUCAAUCCGGGAGAGCCUGAAAGGGCGCUUGCAUCCCUCGGGUUGCUUAGUAAAUGGGGUCGCUGA